UGUAGUUCAUAUGAACUCCAGUUGAACACCUUUUCCAUAUUUGUUCGGUAAUUUAUUUGCGUAGUGAUCUUUUAGCAGGUCAACCUUUAUGUCUGCAUCGAUAAACCGACGGUGCAUUAUAAGGUUAUCUAUCUACCGACGCCACUAUCUCGGAACUAGCUAUUCCCAUCUCAUAACACGUUUAAAGAACAAAGAUGGCGGAACCCCCUGUCUACGACUGCAAAUUGAGCCCAAAGCUGCUGGAGAAAGCUAGAAAGGAGCUAAACGAGACUGCCGAGUCACGUGAUGCAGGCAUCAAGCGGCUCUGGGCAAUGAUUAGAGCCCGCCCAGACAUCAGGUGCCCCACUGACGCCGUAUUUAUAUUAGCCUUUCUACGAGCUCGCAAAUUUGACGUCGAAAAAGCUUUUAAACUUUUGGAGAAAUGGUGCAGCAUGAGGGUAGAUUUAGACGCUGUUUUUGAAAACUAUCGACCAUCUAGUAUAAAGGAAAUGAUUGAAGCCGGGUCCAUGGUGUCAUUGCCAACACGAGACAAUGAAGGAAGGACUAUCAAUAUUCAUCGACCAGGUAAAUGGGAUCCUAAGAAGUUCACCAUUUGGGAAUAUUUGAGAUACGGUCUCUUGACGGGGGAUUAUUUAAUGUGGAAUGAAGAGACGCAAAUCAAUGGUGUUGUGGAAAUCAUCGAUAUGGAGGGGUUUAAUAUAAACCACAUGGCACAGAUUGGACCUCGUUUUGCUAUGAGUGCAGCUUCAAUGAUGAGUGCGGACUGCCUUCCCUUAAGAAUGAAAAGUAUGAAUGUUAUUAACGAGUCUGGCUUCUUUGACGCCAUAUUUGCCAUGUUGAAACCAUUCUUGAAAGAUAAAAUAAAGAAAAGGAUACACGUUCACGGCGAUGAUCUAAGUAAACUACACCAAGUUGUACCCUCUUCCAUACUUCCAAGUGAAUAUGGUGGAUCUCAUAGCUCAUCGAUUGAAGACAUCGUCAGUAAAUACGGCGAUUUAAUAUUAAGUAAGGAGGACGAGUAUGUUGCCAUGAUGGAAUAUGGGAUAAAGAAGUCGGACCUGGUAAAGAAGACCGUGGAUGAUGCCGCUACAAUGACUGGGACUACAGGGUCGUACACAAAAAUUGAGAUGUGAAUACACAAUACACAGUGAUUUACCAAAAAUCAAGUCAUGCCAGUCGAUAUAAUAACAUCGAGCUCGUUGUUUUACAGCACGGCCUUUCUUGUAAAACCUACUACUUAUUAAAAUGUAAAUAUUAUAAUUUCAAAAAAUAA